UGUGCAACUAGGUCCGAACUCGCCGAACUGCUUGCGCUUCCAUGGGUCAUGGCCUGUUGCAUCACAUCGAUGCGGGGACGAAGUGGCUCGUGUCGGGCGCUGUGUUUGGCGUGCUGUUGUGGCGGCAGGAUAGUGCCAUUUGCUGGUGCGUCCUUGGCUCCGUUGGUGCCGCGGCGAACUGUAAAUGCUUGAAGGUCCUCAUCAACCAGUCGCGGCCACGGGGGGCACGAAAGGUGGACCCUGGCAUGCCAUCGUCUCAUGCACAAAGCCUAGGAUUCCUCUCCAUUUACUUCGCCCUGGAUGUGGCUUUCCCAUUCUCCGGCCCCGCGCAGCGCGUACCGACCGACUCCGGGCGGGCCGCCUGGGCGGGCAUGUUGGUCGCUGGCGGGCUCUUCGGCUCCUGGUUGCGCGUCGCCAUGGGAUUCCACACUACGGCACAGGUGGCCGUCGGUUAUGCUCUUGGAGCUGCCAGCGCCGUGGUGUGGCAAAGCCUCUAUGGAUAUCAGACUCUUGGAGCUGGAUUUCGACGUGCGGCGAUGCCGCGAGAGAGUGCAACAGGCAUCUCCGCCCUUGAACCUGUACCUGGACCCUCCUGUCCGGGGUCCUUCCUCACUUGACUCCAUUGCUGCUGCGGAGCCUUCAAGGGGCCACCGUGCUCGCUGGAGGGCUGUUUGCCGUGAAGGUCCUGUCAGAUGUGGCGAAAGAUCACCGGAGAGAGUAGAUGCUUCUGUGUCCAGCGAGCCGCCGUCCAAUCCGGAAAACGAGGCGGCUGGAGCAUCAACCCAGAGCGGCC